AUGUUCCACGACCGUCGUUCCUUCACUUCACUGCUGGGUCUUCACGUCUUCCUUCUUGUUCUCUUAGUGGUAGUCGAGUUCGCGAUUUCGGCGACCACAUUCUUGGUGUAUGAUACUGUUAUUAACUUCGCGGACGAGGUUGAAUAUAUUUGGUGGUCAGUAGUUCCGCUCAAGAUUGCCAUGCGUAGACCUAUAUUUGACAUUCAUGGAAGCCGUCGGGGCCUUUGGAUGAAAUUUGUCUAUGUGUUCUUACGGCACAUCACGUAUCUUAUCACAGCAUCCAUAGUAGCGCUCUCUAUAUUUGGCGUACAGGGAAAGACAUGGGAUUCACGCCAAUGCAUAGGAUGGACACUAUUGCAACUUGUAUCAAAUCAAGUCAUCACUAUCGUGGUAGAAGGCAUUCUUGUCUUUCGCAUAUGUGCUAUGUACAAUCGCAACAAAUGGAUCCUCAUCGUUAUCUCGAUUCUCUACGCUGGUGUAGCUGUUACAAUGGCCGUCGCCUGCUUUUUGAGUGUGCCCAAUGCAAAGUGGACCCCACAAUGCUUGGUGACGGAUGUACCCCCUAUUUAUGGUUCUUAUUGGUGUUACAUCAGUUCACAAAAUCUUGGUCAAUAUUCAAUCUUGUUCUCCCUCAUGCGUGACGGCACAUGGGCCUAUGUUAUGAUGUUCGGUUAG